CCUGUUGUCACAGCUGGACGAUUGGGUUCUAUGUCGUGUUCGAUACAAGGGAAACAUCCCAAAGCACACAACACAUGAAAUUCAAAAAGCCCACAGCACUCAACCAGUGAGCUGCCUACCCCAAAAAGCUGAGGAGAUAAGUUUAGGAAGUGCAACUGCAAACCCUGACCAGAUGAUCACCGAUUAUAUAUACAAAGACUGCAUACUAUUAGCUUGGAUACUCGCCGGUCAAUCUGUAACUCCCAUGGAGACCAUUCCAAGAGUUGGAUUUACAGGAAGCAACAAUAGUAGUGAUGGAAACAACUUGAGUCCCUUUUCUGAAAAUGGUUCUAAUGGAGUAAAUGGUCUUACAGUUUCAUCUAUGGACAAUAGUUUCAACAUACAAAAUGGAGAAACCUCUGAGGAAAAAGACAGCGAAUAUGUAGAUAGCAAGACAAUAGACCCUGAUUUAAGUCUUAACAGAAUGGCUGAGACUGAUAUCUGGAGUUACAUCCAGAACCAGUCUCAAGAUGAUAUGUACAAUGCUAACUUAGCUAAUGAAUUGGCCUUAACUGGUAUAUACUAGCAGCAAUGAAGUAAAAGUCUAGCAAAACAAAGGUUGAAUUUCCUAUCCCGUAAUGUAGAGAUGAUAUUAUGUAUGUACUGCUAUAUAAAGCAUUACCUGCUUGUAAGAUUGUAGAUUUGUUACAAGUUUCCUGUAAGUAAAUCUCAUGGUAGGCUUUCGAGGCUCAUGUACAACAUAGGCCACAAAAAGAACAUGUUUGAGAUAAUAAUAGUUUUCCUUCGUAAUGCAAUAUUGUAUAAA